GCCUGCGAGUGGCAUGGCUGCCCCCAAUGCCGCGAUCUCACGGUAUAGAGCUCAUGCUGCAAUGUAGUUCUGACAGGUAGUUUUCCCCGUACUCAGACUAGCCGCCAGGUUUGCAGGUCCGCGAUCGUAACCUCUGUGGUGCCGAAGAGCCCGGGCUUUGAGGAUCAUGGGUCCUUCUUUGGAUUCAUGGGACCUCUCACCUUUAAUAUCAUUAUGGAUAAACAGAUUUUACAUAUAUUUGGGCUUUGCCUUUGGUAUUAGCCUUUGGAUUUGUUUACAGAUUGCCAUCAGGAAGCAGUUUAUCUUCAAGGACAAGAAUUCACAGGAGAAAUCAGUUCCAAAAGUGACUCGGGAUUUGAUGACAAAUGGUGAUAUCUCUCAUCAAAAGAAGGAAGUUUUUGUGUCUGGAGUGAAGAUUUUUUAUGGUUCCCAGACUGGUACAGCCAAGAAAUUUGCAACAGUUCUUGCCGAAGCUGUUACUUCCCUAGAUCUGCCUGUGGCAAUUAUUAAUCUGAAGGACUAUGAUCCAGAUGAUAAUCUAGUAGAAGAGGUUACUAGUAAAAAUGUUUGCGCCUUCCUGGUUGCUACGUACACUGAUGGGCGACCGACUGAGAGUGCAGAGUGGUUCUGCAAAUGGUUAGAGGAAGCAUCCAGUGACUUUCGGUUUGGCAGGACUUACCUGAAGGGCAUGAAAUAUGCGGUGUUUGGUCUCGGGAAUUCUGUCUAUGUGGGCCACUUCAAUAAGGUUGGCAAGAAUGUUGAUAAGUGGCUGUGGAUGCUCGGUGCCCAUCGUAUGAUGACUCGAGGGGAAGGUGACUGCAGUGUGGUUAAGAGCAAACACGGCAGCAUUGAAGCUGAUUUCAGAGCUUGGAAGACCAAGUUUGUCUUUCAGCUCCAGGUGCUUCUCAAAGGAGAGAAGAAGUCCUGUGACGGCAAUUGCAAGAAAGGCAAAUGCGAAUCUAAUCAGCAUGGCUCAGAGGAGGUGGAGCCAGGGUCUCCUACCCAGGACGGAUUGCGGCAGAGAGACGCUGAGGAGGAGGAGCCCUGUGAGAGUUCCAGUGGGGAGGAGUCUGGUACCGAGGACCACCAGAGUCGCACUUCUGUUGUUGAUGUGGAGGACCUGGGCAAAAUUAUGAGUCAUGUGAAGAAAGAAAAGAGAGAAAAGGAGCAGCAGGAAGAGAAAACUGGUUUGUUCAGGAACACGGUGAAGAAUGAAGCCAGUGAAAGAAGAGCUAUGAUAACUCCUGCUCUCCGAGAAGCCCUUACUAAACAAGGUUAUCAGUUGAUCGGGAGCCAUUCUGGGGUGAAGCUUUGCAGGUGGACAAAGUCAAUGCUCCGAGGGAGAGGAGGGUGCUAUAAACAUACAUUCUAUGGCAUCGAAAGCCAUCGUUGCAUGGAAACCACCCCAAGCUUAGCAUGUGCAAAUAAAUGCGUCUUCUGUUGGCGGCACCACACCAAUCCAGUGGGCACUGAGUGGCGGUGGAAGAUGGACCAGCCUGAAGUGAUCUUACAGGAAGCCAUUGAAAACCAUCAGAACAUGAUCAAGCAGUUUAAAGGAGUGCCAGGUGUCAAAGAGGAGCGCUUUAAAGAGGGAAUGACAGUGAAGCACUGUGCAUUGUCCCUCGUGGGAGAACCCAUCAUGUACCCAGAAAUUAACAGGUUUUUGAAGUUACUCCAUGAGCGUAAAAUCUCCAGUUUCCUGGUUACAAACGCACAAUUCCCGAUGGAAAUCAGGAAUCUCACACCAGUCACCCAGCUGUAUGUCAGUGUGGACGCUAGCACCAGAGACAGCCUGAAGAAAAUUGACCGCCCACUCUUCAAGGAUUUCUGGCAAAGAUUUCUCGACAGUUUAAAAGCCUUGGCAGCAAAGCAACAGCGCACUGUCUACAGACUGACUCUUGUUAAAGCCUGGAAUGUGGAUGAGCUCCAAGCCUAUGCUGAGCUGGUGUCUCUAGGGAGUCCUGACUUCAUCGAAGUGAAGGGUGUUACCUACUGCGGAGAGAGUUCAGCAAGCAGCCUCACCAUGGCCAACGUGCCCUGGCAUGAGGAAGUGGUACGCUUUGUCCGCGAAUUGGUGGCUCUGCUCCCUGACUAUGAAAUUGCUUGUGAACACGAACAUUCCAAUUGCCUCCUGAUUGCUCACAAAAAGUUUAAGAUUGAGAGAGAGUGGUGGACAUGGAUUGAUUAUAACCGCUUCCAGGAGCUCAUUCAGGAAUAUGAAGACAGUGGUGGAUCAAAAACUUUCGGCGCAGAGGAUUACAUGGCCAAAACUCCUCUCUGGGCGUUAUUUGGUGCCAGUGAAAGAGGCUUUGAUCCCAAGGACAGAAGAUAUCAGAGAAAGAACAAAUCAAAAGAUAUUUCAGGAUGUUGAGAUUAUCUGAGUUGAGGGUAAUGAAGGACAAAAACUAAUGACCCCAGAGGGUUCUCAGGCUCCACUGUGGCUUUUUCAAGGACAAAUUUCACAAAUUACAUUUCGUACACAAGGACACCGUGAGGCAGAACGUGGGGAAGCCAGUCACAUCCUGGGGGUGAGGAGACCGCAUCCCACUUGGAAUUCCACAGCCUCACCAUUUCUUUCCAGAACUGAGUCCCUUUCCUGAUUUUAUUUCUGAGAGGAAAAGUAUUUGGGAGGUGGGGAGAGUAUACAUAGCUACUAGAAUUUAAUUGACAGUUUAUGAAUUAUAGUUAGUCAGACUCCUAGAAUGCUGUUCAGGAGAGGGCUACACAGAAUGAGUGUCCCCCUCUCCCGCUGUGGCAGUGGCCUUUGUGGAUUGUGCCACCUGAGGUAGGUGUAUCUGCUCCCUCUUAGGUCUCUACCCUCUUCUUGUACCUGAAAGUAAUUUAGGCCGUCAUGGUUCUGUUAUUUAGAAAUAGUGCAUAGAUUGCUACAAAUUCUUGCUUAAUGCCAACCCUGUAGAAAUUGAAUUUGUUUUAAAACUGAACUAGAUCUCAUUCCAUUCCCAUACAAAUUGCUAUAGAAGGUAAUCUAUGGGCUGGAUUAGAGUAAAAGCUCUUCUCUAGAGAGAGGAGUUACCUUCCGAUGUCAUUGAAUAAUUAGUCUCACACACAGACUUUGAAAUGACGAGUACAGUUGGCUGCUCGUCUGCACAGCCAGUGUGCAGGGCCUCGCGAGCAGCCAGUGUGCAAGGGGCCUCGCGAGCAGCCGGUGUGCAGGGCUUCAGGAGCAGCCAGUGUGCAGGGCCUCGCGAGCAGCCUGCGGCUGGUCUGCCCACCUCCUGUCGUUCUUGUGGCCCGAGGUGCUUCCCUCGGUCUGUUCUUUAAGGUUCAGGUUUUUUCUCACUAUAAACAUCAUUCAAUACUCAAUGGUUUUUCAAAGUGUCAUAGUUGUUUUUUAAAUUCCUUUAUUCUAAAAAUUUAAUUAAUAAAAAAUCUCCUGUAGACACUUAGAACACAAAUUUUCUUUUGAGUGUAUUACAGAUACGUCUAAUCCUGUGCUUCUGAGCCCUGUCAGACCUACUUCCUUUAUAUCAGUUCUGUCCUAAUACCCUUUGUUCUCUGCUGGAGGAAAAUUUGUACAGAAUGUAAUCUACCUACUCACUUAGCUCAGAACUAACCACUGUAUUUCUAAGUCUUAGAGUCAACACACUUCUCUCUGUUGGAACAUAAGAUGGGGCAGGGACGAAGUAUCCCAGAAAUCAUAUGUUCUUUCUUGAACCCACUACCCCUUCAAGCUUAUGUGUCCUGUCUGCUGAUCGUGGGAGGUGAGCUGGCAGUGGUCGGGGUCAGUGAGGCAGGAUCUCACUGGAGCCCAGAUGUGUUAGUGGUCACUAAGCAGAGACGGAGAAAAACCUUGAGGUAGAAUGAAAUAUUUCUAAAAAGCAAGGGGUCAUACUAAGGAGCCCAGAGAAGCUCCUAUUCGUGACAGGUCACCCAGCAGCCAGGGAAAUGCCUCAAGCACCGAAGUGGGGAGUGAGGUGGCGCCAGCAGGGCUUGGGACCAUCCCUUAAUCGCUUUUUCAACCAGGCAGCUCUGUUUUUGUUAUUUCUGUAUGAGUGCUGCAGAACAGACCCAAGGAGGGUUUACUAUAUACUGUUACCGAAAGGACCCCCCACUUAUUCUCUGCCCCCCCACCUAGGUUUACUUUGCCCACCACCAGAGGAAAGAAUGACAGAGAUUGGUGUAAAGGAAAGGAAAUAUUUAUUUAAAAGUUAUACAGAUUUAAAGUAGUGACUUAAUGUCUUCAUUAAAGCACUAAAGUCCUUUAGAAUACCCACAGACACACACAGUCCCUCCUUCUCCCUCCCCCCAGUCCAGGGUACCGUAUCUCAGGAAAAGAAGUAGAAGUCUGUGAUUCGGGCUCCCGGCACCAUCAACUGUGUCACUGCCACAAUCUCCAGUUAAUCCAAAGCAAUGUGGCACCUCCUCAUGGCCCACCAGCAAGAGUCCUUUCACCCCUUUUCUUCCAGGCAAAGUCUCCUGCUUCCUAAGCCACGUGAUAAAAGGGAGCACCCCAAGGGUGUAACCAGAGGGAGUUGUCUCCCAGUUACACCUUGGGUGGAAGCCACUUCCACCCCUUUGGCUCAAAGCGUGGCCACAGCUAUUUAACAUAUCUAUGACAUUGGUUAAAGGUUAUAGCUAUGUAUAGCUAUGUUAGAUGGUUAUCUGCAAAGCUGUUGCUGUACAACACAGCUCUGAAUGGCCCUGCUCCAUGUGUCCCAUCCCCCAGCUCAGACUUCUGGGCAUGAGGACAUCCUAUUUAUUUUUCUAAUAUUUUGUGGACACCUUGAGUUCUGGACCCCAUUAAAAAUCCCUAUUUGGGGCCUCCCUCUUGGCUUCACCCUGUUACAUGAGGACAAAGAUACUCUGCUGCUUCAAAGAAAAACAAACCUCAGUUCCAGAAUGAGCCCUCCUGACUUCAUUAACCUUAGGUACAUAAAUGAGUAGUUUAAUCCCCCCAGAAAAUGUUUAAUUUAUAUUAAAAAUGAUAAUAUGGCACAUUAAUCACAGUUCACAGUCACAGCAAAAAAAUUUAAAUGCCAAAGAAAAAUACAGUGGAACUAACUAGAAUUCUCAUCAGAAAACAUGGAGGCCAGAAGAUGGUGGGCUGAUCUUCCAAGUGCUGAAAGACUUUCAACCAGGAGUUCUGUAGCUAAACCCUUCAAAAACAAAGGAGAAAUUAAAGCAUUCAAAGGUAAAAAUAAGAGAAUUGACCACUAACAUACCUGCCCUACCAGAACUACUAAAGGGGACCCUUCCAGCUUUAGUGGAAGGAAGUACACUAGAAACUAACUUGAAGCCACAUGAAGAAAUAGCACUGGUAAAAGUAACCACUUUUAUAGGUUUUAUAGAAGUAUAAACUUAUUUUUGUUUGUAACUCCUAUCAGUUUUAAACCACAACUGCUUAGAGCAAUAAUUGUAAAACUGUGUUAAUGGACUUACAGUGUAUAAAGAUGUAAUUUAUAUGGCAACAGUAGCACAAGGGAGUGCAGGAAACGUAACUAAUGUUGGAGCAACCGUUGACUACCCACUACUGAAAUUAAGUUAGUAUGAAUGCAGGGUAGAUUAAGAUGCUAAUUUUAUUCCCAAGGGCAGCCAUUAAGAAAAUAGAUAAUGAUAAUAUAGUAAAAGAAUGUGACUCUGCUCCCAGUUUUGAUGUGUGCUUUUUUUCCCUCCCAGCAAGCAUACCUCCAGCACUCGCUGCGUAUCCCACAAUUCCAUUAAAUUCGGACACUGUGUACAUGGAGACGGGGUGAGGUGGCACAGGUUAAGGGCUCCCCCCAACCCCACUCCACUUCGGAUUCCAGUCUGCAGUCCAGGUUUUCACCUGUGCUUCUGGCUGACCUGCUAUAGAUUGGAGGUUCCAGUGACCCUCUCCUUGGGUUCAACUAAUUUGCUAGAGUGGUUCUUGGAACUCAGAGUAACAUUUUACUUACUAGAAUACUGGUUUAUUAGAAAAGGAUGCCACUGGGGACAUCCAGGUGGAAGAUAUGCAUAGGUUAGGUUAUGGGGAAAGGGCUCAAGCUUCCAGGUCCUCUGGGAGAGUGCCAGUCUCCCGGUUCCCCCAAAUAUUCUGUGACUCAGAAACUCCAAACCCCAUCCUCUGAGGUUUUUUACAUGGGCCCCACUGUUAGCUGGGCUCAGCAUCCAACCCCUGUCCCCGGCUUAGAGGCCCCACCCUCCGGUCACAGGGUGGGCUCCCCUGGCAGGCAGCCCCAGCCUUAGGCUACCUAGGGGUUUUCCAAAAGUCAAUUCAUUAGCAUAACAAAAGACACCUCUUCACUUAGGAAAUUUUAAGGGUUUUAGGAACUCUGAGCCCGGAAUGGGGAUGAGGACCAAAUAUAUAUUAGUAUAAAUCACAGUAUCACAAAGAAACAACAAGGGAAUUAAAAAGACACACUAGAAAAUAUUUAACACAAAAUAAAGAAUAGAACAGAAAUACAAGACAUUCAAAAACAAAUAGCAGCCCUGGCUGGUGUGGCUCAGUGGAUUGAGUGCCAGCCUGUGAACCAAAGGGUUGCUGGUUCAAUUCCCAGUCAGGGCACAUGCCUGGGUUGCAGGCCAGUUCCCAGCAGGGGACCCAUGAGAGGCAACCACACAUUGAUAUGCCUCUCCUUCUCUCCCCUUCCCCUCUAAAGAUAAAUAAAUAAAAGUUUAAAAAAACUCUUUAAAAAAUUAAGUAAAUAAUAAAUAGCAAAGAUGUCAGGCAUAAAUCCUACCUUAUAGGUAACUGUAUUAUGUAAAUAGAUAAAAUACCCAAUCAAAAGAUUGCAGAAUGGAUUUAAAAAUUAUAUGCUAUCUACAAGAGACUCAUUUUAGAUCCUAAGACUUAGAGGAUGGGAAAAGAUAUACUAUGGAAGCAGUAACCAAAAGGGAGCUGGAGUAGCUUUACUAAUAUCAAAAAAGUAGAUGAAAAUUGUUCUUAGGGACACAAGAGAGGACAUUUUAUAGUGAUAUAAUUAUAAGCAAAUUAUUCUUGUAAUUGUAUCUUACUAGAAAGAUGCAAUGAUUGUGAACGUAUAUGUACCUGACAACAGAGUCCUGAACAAGGGAAGCAAACCCUGACGGGAUUGGGGAGGGAGACAGCCCAGUAAUCAUUGUAGGCAUGCGGAGCCCACCUUCAGUAAUGGCUAGUUGGCCAGCCAGCAAGGAAGUGGGCGGUGUGUGCAGCACUGGGAACCCGCUGCACCUGGCAGACCUCUGCAGAACGCGUACCAGCAACACAUGUUCUGAAGUGCCCGUGUGCAUUCUCGAGUACAGAGGAUAUGUUAGAGCAUCAAAAAGUUUCAAUGAAUCAAAAAAGGAUUAAAGCUUUACAAAGUAUGUCCUGUGACCAGCUGAGUGAAAUUAGAAAUCAACAGCAGCAGGAAAGUUGGGACACUGACAAGUAGUCACGUGCUGUUUAACUACAGGGACACCUUCUGAGAAAUGUGUCACUAGGCCGUUUCCUCCUCGAGUGAACUGAACAGGCUCCUAGACGGCACAGCCUCCUGCACACCCAGGCUGUGUGGUACAGCCCGCGGUUCCUGGGCUGCAAAUCUGUACAGCACAGUCUGUACUGAACACUGUAGGCAGUUGCAACAGUGGUAUUUGUGUAUCUAAACGUACCUAACGUAGAAAAGCUCCAGUGCACCCGGUGUAGAAGAGAAGAUGGUGCACCUGCGCAGGGUGCUUACCAUGCACGGA